AUGAGUUGUGGCGGUUUGCAAUGGGCCUUAGCUCCAUGGUUCAUAGCAUCUGAGGCGGCAAUCCUUGUACUGAAAGAAGCUUGGGACUUGGGUAUCAACUCCAUUGAUACUGCGAACGGCGAGUCUGAGCGUAUCAUCGCUCAAUUCACGAAGAAGAACUACAGGUUUGAUCCAAUCAUACCGAUCGAGGAGACGAUGAAGGCGCUGUACGAUCUCGAGCAGGCUGGCAAAUUUGCGGUGAUGAAUGGGGUGGCGGGUCGAAACGGGUGGACGAGGUUUGUGAGCAUGUCGGAUGAGUAUUCGUUGCUCUAUCGCGAGGAGGAACGCGGGAUGCACGCCUAUUGCGUAUACAACGGCAUCGGCGUCAUCUCCUGGGCUCCACUUUCGGGUGGAGACCUCGCGCGCCCGCUCGGCACGUCCACUGUGCGCUCCGAGGGGUUCAAGGGCACACUAUAUGAGCGCCAUAUUACGGAUGCGGACUACGUGAUCAUACACUUGAGCCAGGUUGCCCUUUCCUGGGUCAACAACAGGAGGGGAGGUAUGAGCGCGGUGGCAAGCCCCAUCGUGGGCGUGAAUUUGGUAGAGAGGCUGAGAGAGGCAUUGGCUGGUGGGUUUGAGCUGACGGAUGGGAAGAUGGGGUACCUGGAGGGGCCGUGA